UUAUUCACUUUUACAAGAGAUUUGAAGUGAGAAGCCUGUACAAUGUUGAAGAUACCACGGGCACCAGGGGGAAGGAGAAGAACAGAUUCAUUUUCUAAUCUAGAAACCCCAGUUCAUCCAAAUGCACCAGCUCCUACUCCUGCUAACUCCUUUAUCCCAGCCUCCUUCCUAGAUUCAGCUCCUUCCUACAUAGAUUCAUCUUUACUGAACCUUCCACCUUCCCAACUCCUACAGGCAGCUGGAAACCUGCUUCUGCAACCAAUCCUGCCUGAACCAAUGACAAUUCAGGACAAUAAGAGAAUAAUUGAACUGAAGAAACUGAUGCAGGAGUUUCAUCUUACAGAUGAACAAUUGAAACAUAUAGAGAAAAGAAUGAUAAUGGAGAUUAACUGGGGGCUGGCUAAAGCUUCCAACGAGACUUCAAACAUCAAGUCGUAUAUAACCUACGUUACCCAGCUACCAACUGGUCGGGAGCAUGGUAGAUUUCUUGCUUUAGAUCUAGGAGGAACUAACUUCAGGGCUAUUUUGAUUGAACUGGAAGCUGGAACCUCCAGUAUUAAUAUGAAGACAGCAAAGCAUCCUGUUAGUAUGGAUCUUAUGCAAGGCCCAGGAGAGGAUCUUUUUAACUUUAUGGCAGACAAACUCAGGGAGUUCAUGGUAGAUCAUGAGUUAUUGGGACACAGGUACAAACUUGGAUUCACAUUCUCCUUCCCUACUAUUCAGCAUAGUCUCAGCUCAGCAGAUCUAGCAACGUGGACAAAGGGGUUUGUUUGUUCUGGAGUAGAAGGAAAUGAUGUUGGAGCACUUCUUGAAAAAUCUAUAUCCAGGCAUGCAGAUCUUGAUAUUGAGGUUUGUGCUAUUCUGAACGAUACCACUGGAUGCCUUCUUGCCUGCGCAUACAAGAGACCUGAUUGUGCAAUGGGGGUCAUUCUAGGAACAGGAACCAAUGCAAGCUAUGUUGAGGAUAUUGCCAACGUUGAACUAUUCGAGGGAACUCCGGGUAAACAUCAUCAGGUUGUGAUAAACACUGAAUGGGGUGCGCUAGGGAACACUGGAUCCUUGGACUUUAUGCGCACGCGCUUCGAUCAUCUUGUGGACCAGAACUCCAUGAAUCCGGCCAAACAGGUGUAUGAGAAGCUGAUAAGUGGAAUGUAUCUUGGUGAACUAACAAGGCAUAUUCUAGUUGAGGCUGCUGAGAAGAAAAUAAUAUUUAGUGGAUGUAAUACAGAAGUUCUCCAGAAGAAGGAACUGUUUCUUACCCGACAUAUUUCUGAAAUUGAGGCGGAUGAAGUGGGAUGCACAGAAAACAUGAUUCAGGUGCUCGAGGAGAUUAAUCUUGCAGAGGGAGCAACAGACCUAGAUUAUCAGAUUCUACGGUAUAUUUGUGAAUGUGUCUCGACUAGAGCAGCAGUAUUGGCGGGGGCGGGUAUAGCAGCUUUACUAAACAAGAUGGCAAGGAAAAAAAUAACUGUUGGUAUGGAUGGCUCUGUUUACAAAUUUCAUCCUCAUUUCCACAGCAGGAUGGUUACAAAGAUUGCUCAGCUUGUAGAUAGUUCAAUACAGUUUCAAAUGGUUCUCUCAGAAGACGGAUCAGGUCGUGGGGCUGGUCUUGCUGCUGCUGUAUCAAGAUAUAACUUAUGAAAUCUCCGCACGGUCUUUCUGUCAACAAUAAGCAGAUCUACAUAAUCUCUAGCAGCUCCUAUAAUUAUUUAGCAGUUCCUGACAACAUUUAGCAGUUUCUGACAACAUUUAGUAGUUCCUGACAACAUGUAGAAACUCCUGACAACAUUUGGCAACUCCUGACAACCUUCAGCAGUUCCUUGACAAUCCUUUGCAGCUCUUGCCAAUAUUUAGCAGCUCUCUCACCCCAUGCAAAAUAUCUUGACAAUAUUUCAAACCACUUAUAUUAAAUCUCAUAACAAAUUUCAGUUGCUUAUGCCAUUAUUCAGCAGCUCCUGUAAAUAUCUCGUGAAAAUGAUUUACAACUCAAGAAAAUAUGCAACAGCUACUUGAAAUAUUCAACAGCUCUCUAAAAAUUCAAAGCAGCUCAUGCUAGCAUUAUUUUGACUAAAUUUAAAAGCUUCUUGACAUGGUUGGGAGGUU